AUGUCUCAAGAACGCUUCACGUCUUUUGCUAUCAUCGGCGCAGGUCCUAACACCGGGAUUCCCAUCGUGAAGGCAUUCCUCGCCAUUGGCGCUCCAAUUCUCGUUAUUGCUAGGCCGACAUCUACGAACCCCUCUGCUUUCCCUGCCGAUGAUCCUAACCUAAAGGUUGUGCGCGCAGACUAUACGUCUGCAUCUGAGAUCUCCGCAAUUCUUCGCGAGCACAAAGUAGAUGUUCUCAUUUCCACCGUUACCCUUGUUUUCGGAGGUGUAGUUGGCCAGAAUGUUCUCGCCGAUGCUGCCAAGGAGGCAGGUGUGAAGCUCUUUGUGCCCAGCGAGUUCGGUAUUUUACCGCAAUUAGCCAAAGGCGGUAUAGCUUUUCAAAAGACUGACUUCGCAGUUUAUGCAAAGUCCAUUGGAUUGCCAACUCUCCGCAUCUUCAAUGGAUUGUUCUACGAGUUUGUGCCUUGGCUCACCGCGCUUGCUGACACUGGCAAAUUUCAUAUCGUGGACAAAGGAGAAACACCAGGGUCGUUCACUGCGGUAUCCGACGUUGCAGGAUACGUGGCUCAUAUUCUUACCACUCAACCUCCAUCUCGCCUACUUGAUGUUGAAAUUCACAUCGAGGGACAGCGCGCAACGUUCUCGGAGAUCGCUGCCCUAUAUAAAGGCAGCGUACCUGUGGUACAUUGUGAUGCCCUUCCUAUGGAAGGUGUGGUCAAUGCGCCAUUCCGUACUCUCUUCCAGAAGCACAUUGGAGUUGGAGGGGGAAGUUGCGGGUGGAACCCUGUGACAAAGUCGGACGAUCCGGUAUCAGCUAGCAGGGACAACUCACUAUGGGAGGGGCACCGCUGGUUGACCAUUGGGGAGGUUCUUGGACUGUAA